GUCUCCUUGGAGCGUCGGAGACGAACCCUCUCAGCUCCCGUCGAUUUCUCCCAUCUCUCACCGCCUCGAAUAACGCCUGAUCUUCCUCCGCUACUCCGUUUCUUUGAUCACACCGGUGCACAGGUUCGCUGCCAAGCGACAGGCAACCCACGACCCUCUGUCAAAUGGCUAGUGGCCACCAACUUUAACGGAAAUGCCAACAAUGCCUCGGAACCAUUGGAACUAGGAUUCUCUCCAUUUGCUCGUGAUGCUCAGUUGAUGGACAGUCAGUUGAGAGGUGCUGCUGCGGAUGACUAUCAUCUCUACGAUCCAAAGUCGAGGGAUCUGGUGCCGAUUGGUGCUAUGGCACCACCGGUAAUGUAUCCCAACCAAUACGUGAUUGAUGAUGGCUGGUUGAAUUUCACUGCAACCCCGCGUUCAUCAACCCUUCGAAUGGUGUUCUUCUGCGAAGCUGAAAAUAGCCUUGGACGGACACGGUCCAGAAAAAUGGUAAUUCACCAAGUUCCCGUGCCGGACGAAAAUUUGCGGAUAAAGUAUCACACAUUCCCCGUGAAACCAGGCCAAAAGGCGGUAAUCCGAUGCCAACCGGAGCAGGAGAUAUUCAACCGAUUUCUCAAGGUCAAGUAUUGGGAGGUCUUCCGCAAUGAUACUCUGAUUGCCACCGUUACGCACUCAAAGGAUCGCUACUCCGUGAUUAAUGCCACCCGCUAUCCCGAAUUGCAUAUUCGGGAUGUGACGGAGGCAGAUCUAUCUGAACUGCAGGUGCGGUGUGUGUUGCAGUCGAUUGUGGACGAGAGUCGGGAAAUUCGAAGGAAUGAGACUGGUCAUUUGCAGCCAUUUGGGUUCUUCUUCCAGUAUGAAGAGGUUCGCAGCCAAAGCACUGAUGUAGAUGUGAUUGUGGUAGGUCCUCAUUUAUUCAUUAGCAGCCCUUAA